GCCAACUUCCGGUUCAGGGAAGAAAGUUGGGCCGAAGGAGGGGCCGCGGAAAGGGAGGAGGAGGAAGAGAAAAGGGCCGGGCGGCGGCGGUGUAGGUUGUGCGGUGGCGGCGGCUCUCCUCGGGCGGACGAUGGACAGCCAGGGCAGGAAAGUGGUGGUGUGCGACAACGGCACCGGGUUUGUGAAGUGUGGAUAUGCAGGCUCUAACUUUCCAGAACACAUCUUCCCAGCUUUGGUUGGAAGACCUAUUAUCAGAUCAACCACCAAAGUGGGAAACAUUGAAAUCAAGGAUCUUAUGGUUGGUGAUGAGGCAAGUGAAUUACGCUCAAUGUUAGAAGUUAACUACCCUAUGGAAAAUGGCAUAGUACGAAAUUGGGAUGACAUGAAACACCUGUGGGACUAUACAUUUGGACCAGAGAAACUUAACAUAGACACCAGAAAUUGUAAAAUCUUGCUCACAGAACCCCCUAUGAACCCAACCAAAAACAGAGAGAAGAUUGUAGAGGUAAUGUUUGAAACUUACCAGUUUUCGGGUGUGUAUGUAGCCAUCCAGGCAGUUCUGACUUUGUAUGCUCAAGGUUUAUUAACUGGUGUAGUGGUAGACUCUGGAGAUGGUGUAACUCACAUCUGCCCAGUGUAUGAAGGCUUUUCUCUCCCUCACCUUACCAGGAGAUUGGAUAUUGCUGGGAGGGAUAUUACCAGAUAUCUUAUCAAGCUGCUUCUGUUGCGAGGAUAUGCCUUCAACCAUUCUGCUGAUUUUGAAACAGUUCGCAUGAUUAAAGAAAAACUGUGUUAUGUGGGCUAUAAUAUUGAGCAAGAGCAGAAACUGGCCUUAGAAACCACAGUAUUAGUUGAAUCUUAUACACUCCCGGAUGGACGCAUUAUUAAAGUUGGGGGAGAGCGAUUUGAAGCACCAGAAGCUUUAUUUCAGCCUCACUUGAUCAAUGUUGAGGGAGUUGGUGUUGCUGAAUUGCUUUUUAACACGAUCCAAGCGGCCGAUAUUGAUACCAGAUCUGAAUUCUAUAAACACAUUGUGCUUUCUGGAGGGUCUACUAUGUACCCUGGCCUGCCAUCGAGGUUGGAACGAGAACUUAAACAGCUCUACUUAGAACGAGUUUUAAAGGGAGAUGUGGAAAAACUUUCUAAAUUUAAGAUCCGCAUUGAAGACCCACCCCGCAGAAAGCACAUGGUAUUCCUGGGUGGUGCUGUUCUAGCAGAUAUCAUGAAAGACAAAGACAACUUUUGGAUGACCCGACAAGAAUACCAAGAAAAGGGUGUCCGUGUGCUGGAGAAACUUGGUGUGACUGUUCGAUAGACUCCAAAGCUUAUUCCCAACAUGCCCCUAACACUUUCUUUUUUCCUUUAUUGCCAAUCUUUGAACUCAUUCAACUCCAGGACAUGGAAGAGGCCUCUCUGUGCCCUUUGACUGGGAAGGUCAAGUUUUAUUCUGGUGUCUUUGGGAAGCUUUGUUAAAUUUUUGUUAAUGUGGGUAAAUCUGACUGUUUAAUUCAACCACUUUCCUACAAACAACAAGAGGGCAAAGGGUCCUGUCUGCUGCUUUGUUUCUUCUAAGUAGGCAUUUAGAUCAUUCGUGUAGGCUUCCUAUUUUCACUUUACUGCUCUAAUGCUGCUAGUUUUAGUCUUUAGCACACUAGGUGGUAUGCCUUUAUUAGCAUAAGAAAAAACUUUAACAGGAGCUUUUACAUAUUAGUGGGGUGGGGGGUGCUUAGGGAUGGGUGGGCAGCCUCUGAACCCUAUAGGGCAUUUCCUCUGUAGUGUGGCACUUUCAACAGUUACUGCUGCAGCUUUCAGUACCUUAAAGUUUCUCCUGUUAACAUCUUAGGGAAAUGUUAGGUUCAGAACUAAAUAAAGUGUUUUGGGUGGGUUUUUGCGUGGGGAGGGGCAGUGGGUGGUCUUUUGAUUUUGAUUUCUGAGGUUUUCUCUCUGGGGUACCUAAGAUGAACUUUAUUUACAAUACUUUGAUUUGGCUGGUUUUCUUCUACUUUUGGUCUGCCUGGAACUGUUUCCAUAUGAUAUAAAAGGCAAGUGUAGUAUUCCAUUACCAUGUGGCUUAGGGAUUUAUUUGUUUUUUAAAAUCAAACAUGUUGGCUGGGACUAGACUCUCUAGAAUCUAUCAAUGGAAAAGUAAUGGUUAAAAAUGCUUUUGGUAAUUCAAAUUACAAUUUUAAAAGUGCUUAAGACUGGUGUUUUCUAAAUGCUUCUGUUUAUUCCAGAAUCAUUAAGGUAACCCGGUGCCAAGUACCAUUCUUAUAGAUUAUUCUUUUAUAUAACUGAACAGUGUUUAUUUAAUAAAACAAGCAGGUACUUAUAAAUGACUGGCAGUAGGUUAUUCUAAUUGUUGAGUUAAAAAUAACAUUGGAAUAUGGGACUUGUUGCCAGUUGGGUAAUUUUUAUUCGGUUUUCUUUUGGUUUGGUUUGAAACCUGGAAGUGGAGUAAAAUUUGAUUAUUUAAAAUGAUGGCAAAAAAAAAUCAAGAUUUAAAUUUGUAUUUGUACCGAAAAACUAAUCAUAAAUACUAAUUCUCAGCCAUCUUUUAUGCUUGAAAGAAGAGUAGUUGGUAUUUUGUAAAUGUUAGCAGACUUUCCUGCCUGUGUCAGAAAAUCCUAUUUAUGAAUCCUGUCGGUAUUGCUUGGUGUCUGAAAAAAUAUCAGAUUGUACCCAUAUAUUAGUCUUUCUAAGUAUAAAAAGUAAAAUAAUGAGAAAUUGUAUCGCACUAAGUACAAAAUGCAGGUUCUGGAAAAAAUGUUUUCCUUCAUUUCAAAACAUUUUUUACUAGUAAUAGCUUUGAAAGAAAUAGCUUAAUUUUGGGAGGGUGAUGAAAUCAGAGAAAUUAUCGGCUUGAGUCUCUUCUGUGAAAAAAUUUAAUUUGUUUAUAUGAAAUACGCAACAAAAGGUUAGUUUUAGUUAUGGCAGCUUAUGUUAAUAUUAAGAAUUUUUUGUCUGCUUUACCUCAAUUUGAACAAAUAAGUUUGCCUGCAUGCUGGACAUGCUUCAGUACACGUGAAUAGCCAAUGAAUAAUGUCUACUAGCUUUGGGGAACGUGGAUCUCAGAGUCACUUUAGAAUUCUAAAGUGUUCCUAAAUCAUGUUCUUAUAAAUACCCCUAGCCUUUUGAAUACUGGGCUUAUUAAAGGACAAACAUGUGGGACUAUUGGGGAAAUAGAUGGACUCUUGGCCUUUGGUCAUGAUUUUAAAAUAUGUAGAAAACAACAAAGAAUUGGAUGGACUCUUUCAUAAAACAGUGAAAGAGCAUUUAUCAUUUGUCCCUUGAGUGUAGAAUUUGUUUUUUACUUCAUAAUUCUGCUAGCAAACAUGACAGUUAAUAUGGUGUAUUAAUAUAUAUUACAAUUUAGAAACUUCAUUUUAUAAUUUUCCUAUUCCAAGGUAAAAUAAUGCACUUAUAAUUUGGGAAUUGGGUGGAGUAUUAUGUUUAAUUGGAGUUGUUGCCAGGAAUGAAUCCCUCAGAAAUUAAAAAAAUUUCUGUUUUAAAAGAGAUCUGGUUUUUAGCUCUUGAGACCAUUGUUAAAUUUCCGACAAUUAAAAUUCUUCUAUUUUUAAAUUGGAAUUGCCAAUGCCUUGACUUUUGAGAAGGGUUUGUUAGAAAUAGGUCCUACAUUUAAACUUUUUUCUUUAAAACAUGGUAUUGGAUGUUAACUUUUACACAGUUCUGAGCACUAUUAAUAUCUGGAAUGUAUUUUGAGAGAUCAUUGGAAAGCUAAACAUGCUAAAUUUAACAUGAAUAUACUUUUUGAUUCAUAAAAUAAAAUCAAAUUUUUCAAAGUAA